CCUUUCGCUCUCCCGCAACGUAUCAUGAUGGAAACCCCUCCUGUUAAGACAGUUAAGAUACUGAUUGAUCAUGAAAAACUACAUUUUACAAAGAGAGAGAUACAGAGUCCACGGUCCAUUCGGAUUUCCCGCAGAACUCGGCUUUUAGCCUUGCUUGCCUGUACAGUCCUGUUGUUUAUUUUCUUCGUAUCCUCUCUGGACACCUCCACGCAUCUUGUCUCGCAAUCGAGGGUCACCAGCAAGGAUAUCGAGUUUCUUUUGCCCGAUGACGGUGGACUCAACAAAUCGCCUCGCGUAAUGAUCGUGAUGGGCACUCGGCCAGAAACUAUCAAGAUGUUUCCUAUUAUCAGAGCUCUCAACACUCACGGUAUUAACCCUAUCAUAUGCGUAACCGGGCAGCACCAGGAAAUGGUUGAACCCCUUCUCCGCUUAUUCGAUAUCAAGCCACAUGUUAACCUGAACGUUAUGAAAUCGGGACAAAGUUUGAACUCGUUGACGGAGCGAAUCGUCGGGCGAAUGACCAAAGCUGUGACUCAUUAUCGCCCAGAUUGGCUGCUUGUGCAGGGUGAUACGACUUCGGCCUUCGUAGCAUCUGUCGUUGCUUUUCACGAAAAGAUAGCUGUAGGUCACGUUGAAGCUGGGUUACGUACAUACAAAAGGUAUUCCCCGUUUCCGGAAGAAACCAGCCGUCGCCUCAUAGCCGGUCUAGCCAGCUACCACUUUGUUCCGACGCAGCAUGCGGCAAAUAACCUGAAAGCCGAAGGAAUACCAUCAGAGAAUGUGUACAUUACUGGGAAUACUGUUAUUGAUGCGUUGCAAUGGGUGGCCAGCCUCGAGCCCUCGCCGGAGGUUGCCUCUAGCCUGCUUGAAAUUGAAGAAGCGGCAAAAUCCCAUACGAGCCAAUACCGUCUCCUUCUCGUAACUAUGCACCGACGCGAAAACUUAGGCUCGCCGCUCAUCAGCGUCUGCAAGGCCAUAAAGCGGAUUGUGGAUGGAUUUCCUGAUGUACAUAUUGUACUUCCUGUUCAUAUGAACCCUACAGUACAGGAAACCGUUACGCAAUUCCUAGGCAAUGAUAAACGUAUCACUUUACUAGGACCGUUAUCCUAUGAAUUCUUUGCGCAGCUUUUGAAGCGGGCGACACUGUUGCUCACUGACUCUGGAGGAGUUCAAGAGGAGGGUACGGCCUUUUCGAAACCAAUUCUGGUGUUACGAAACGAUACAGAGCGGCCGGAAGGAGUCACAGCAGGUGUAGCGAAGUUGAUUGGAACUGACGAGGAUAAUGUCUUCCGACAUGUUCAAGAACUUCUUACUGAUAAACAAGCUUACGCGGCAAUGGCUAUCAAGACAUUCCCCUACGGGGAUGGGACUGCCGGGAGCAAAAUUGUUGAUAUUGUCUUAAAGGGUUCGGCCCAAAUUGCUGUAAAUCGGCCCACAAUUGCGAGCGACAAACUUGUGGAAGCUGAAUCCGCUAAGACCACCCUAACAAACGUCAGUGAGAGUACUUCCGCAGCGUCAAUUGCGCCCAGACCACGGUCUUUUGUACGUGCACCUACAAAGCCGCGCCAAUUGAACUUGACCGCACUACUGGAGCUGCCGUCCUCGUACCCAGAAAAUGGUGACGGCAAAGGGCUCAAUGGAAUUACGGCGGUCAUAUCGGGUUACAAUCGCGUGGAGGUGAUCCCGCGUUUGCUGGGUUCCCUGUUCAAUCAGACUGUCCCACCGCUCGAAAUAUGGAUCACCGUUUUCGCAUCAAAAUCAGUCGCGGCAAUCAAACAGGCGGUCGAUGACUUUGCUAAUAGCCAUAAAGCACAGAAAAUACCGAUCAAAUUCCUUCAAGGCGACGUACAGCUCAAAUAUUUUGGCCGAUUCGAGGUCGGGCUGCAGAUACCCACCAAAUAUGCAGUUUUUUUUGAUGAUGAUUGUCUGCCGGGAGCCAAUGUUUUUCGGAAUUUUCUCCAUGUGCAGAAUAUUGUAGGCGGGGAGUUUCGAGGCUUGUAUGGCGCUAAAGGCCAUAUCGUACCUGUUCAGAACUCAAACAACUACAAAGAAACAUAUGGUCUCGGUCAAGUGAUACACCCCGAAGUCAUUACGCAAGUGGACCUCGUCGGGGGGAUCUGGUUUAUGGAAAAAGACUGGAUCAAACUCAUGUUCCGCGAAAACGCAGUUACGUGGGAGACUGGCGAGGAUUUUCAAAUUACCUAUACCUUGUCAAAGUACGCCAAUCUACCAACUUUUGUAUUCCCGGUUGCUGCCAGUGACCCAUCCUCGCAUCUUGUCACGCCUGAUUAUCGUGCCAUCUCAGCCUCCGGCGACACAACACACGGCGCUAUAUCAGUCAACGGUAAGGAGAUGGAUAUACACAGACUACGAGAUUACAUUACUUUCAAGCACUUUACUCGUGGCCAUACCCGCGUUCUCAUGUCCGAAAUGUGGCGGCCGAACGAAAUGAGGAUUCUGUACCUGGUUGAUACGAUCCAGGAUGCAAGAUUGUUCAAGCCUCUUCACGAGUAUAUUUGGGCGACUACUUUGCAAAAGCCGGUUCCCAACAUUCGAUUACGACCGUUCCCCGUGCUAAUAGGCCGUUACCCUCAGUCACAACUGUUGUCAGAAUUGGGCAUUUCAUGGACUCUGGAAUCGUUCCACACUGGCGUUUUUGAUCUUGGCGUCGCAUCGGAAUUCUCACGGAAAUCUCGAGCUGUUGACAUUGCAACCGAGGUGAUGAUGUCCUUUCAGCAGGUCAUUGAGACAGUAAGACCUGAUUUGGUCAUCGUACCGAAUUCUCCUGACGACCCAGCUAUUGUUGCUGCCGCAAUAACGGCACGCAGCUUCAAUGGCUUCAAUGUCGUUGCAUGGAAUAAGAAGAACGCGAAAGACGUCUUGUUGCCAGAUGAAAGCAAUUCAAAUGAGCGGUUGACGCCGCUGAAAGACCUCGUUGAUGGGAUCAUUGAAACAAAUGAGAUGGUUGCGCGAAUAUUAGAAGAAAUAGCUGUGGCAUCAUGGCUGGCAAGACGUAGAGACGUACGGACAGACUUCAGAAACUAAGCCGUAUUUCUUUUCUUUGUACCAAUAUAUCUUUCAUGAUAUGUAUAUUUUUAACCACUGCUAUAUCUAUCUAC